AUGGAUCACAUCGAAAUGCGACAGCCACAGCAGCACAACUCGAAAUCUUCAAACGGGAUUCUCGUUGCGAUCAUCGUUUCGAUUUCAAUCACAGGCUCCUGUGGCCUUUUGCUAUUUCCUACAUCCACGGUGCUGCAGGUGACGUCAUCUAUGUCGGUGCCUAUUGAUAUACCAGAUUCGCGAAAGGUCUUCAUGGACUUGGGUUUUCAAAUGAAUUAUAAUUUGCCAUUUGAUCUUGCAUCAUUCUACAAUCCCACCAUUUGGUCCAACGCACUAGAGCGUCGUAAGCGUAAUUUAAAUAACUUAACAAGCACAGCCAUGGAUCUGCUAGAGGCUGAGCGUGGAGUACAUCCCCGGGAUUUCACUGCCGGCGAGCUUUAUUUGGGUAUAGAGGGCAUAUUGCAGGACUACGGCUUUCACAGAUCCUGCUUGCUGCGCAGUGUCUGCGAACUGGCACUGCAUCCCUUUGCGGAUAAUCACAGUUAUAGCUAUAAUCUGAUUGUUCAGAUCAUCAGCUUUUUGCUAACGCCUUCGCAGCAUGAUGGCUUUGGCCCCAAUGAAAAGUUAUAUCAAUAUCGAUAUGAACGAGCCGAGAAAUUGGGCUUCAUGGGCGGUGAUUGCCAGCAAGCUUAUCCAAAGUGUAAGUUGGAUGUGCUCAAUAUUGUCACCAAUCUAGUAGGAUGA